AUUUUAUAACGUUAAAAUAUAAUUAAAUUAAAGAUACAUUUAUUUUUUCUAGAGAACUUUAUAUCACUAACAUAGAUGGGAAGCUGAUGUCACUCCCCAGAGUAGAAUGUCGCUAUAGAAAUAAAUACAAUGCACAUACGACUAUGGUCUUGACUUCUAGCCUGAGACUGAUGCAGCUCUCUGUUAAAAAGAAGGAUCAGAAAGUGUUAAAAGGCGCUGAAGAUGCAACGGCACCCUCCUCCUGGAAGCCUUGCCCACCUUCUGGGACUGGGGCCCCCCUUGGUUCUCCCGCACGCCCUGGACUGAGGAUCAUGGGGCACUGGCGGUGCAGUGAGAUGCACUGUACCCUUCCGUAAACUGGGCUUGACCUGCGGUUCUGUGCGCAAGUCCCUGGGACCCCGAGGGCCCCCACCUCUGGAGACAGGCCCUCUGGGGGCUGCACACAGGGAUAAGCCAGGCUGUUUUCACCAUUUCCUUCCUCCCACUCGGGCAGGGGCUGCCAUCGGCUGCCCCACACAGAGCGAUCACUGUGGCCUCAGGCAGGACAGCUCAGGACGGGAAAGGGGUGCCCCGCCAGCAGGCCUGAAAGGUAAGCGGCCCUCACCACCCCAGCACCACCUCCCGCCGUGUGGGCCCCUGGCAGGGGAGGUGGUGGGACGAGGCCGGGCAGGGAGAGAGGAGGCUGGCAGGCAAGUCCAGCUUCUGUCCCUCCUGGGGGCUGGGGGGCACGGGCAGGCGUUCACCCUGAGACACCAGGUCCUUGGCUGAGUCAAGAUUCAUUGGUUUAUUCAACAAACGUUCAUUGGAAGCUUGUCUUCGCGAGGGGAAACAGCUCGCACCGAGUCCUGGAGGGGCAGUGAACCCGGCAGAAAGCAGAGGCUUGAGUGCCAGUGUGGUCUCUGAUGUGGAGCGCUGGGCAGCCCUGCACAAGUCACUCUCCCUCUCUGGGCCUCAAUUUCCCAACUCCAAGCAUGAGCCUCGAUCAACCGCUUUCCAGGCGCGGCCCCUUCUGGGUCCCCUUCCCUAUCCCCCCGUCAGCAUCCUCAGCCGCCUUCCACACCAGGGACCACUUGUGAGAGUUCACUCCGCCAGGGCCAAGCUACUUGGAAUCCGUGGGCCGAGGUGUGGUCUGGGGCGUGCACACCAUCUGCCAGACCUAAGGCUUGGGGGUCGAUGUUGGGAGCAGCCUGGGCGGCCCUCCCCGGCCUCGGGGCGGGGGCGGGGCCAGGCCUGGGAACCUUUAGCAGGCAUCUCCCCCCACCGCGGAGCAGAGGCUGGGUCUCUGCCAGAGGACGGGAGGGUCCUUCCUCUUCCCAAGGAAGGACUAAGCCCGCUCCGUGCUCCCACCGCAGCGGCCGUCACGGCCCUGCCUGCUGACCAUCCGCGGAGGGUCAGCCGGCCUGAAUCCCGCACGCUUCACUUCCUUGAUCCCAGCACCCAUUUCACGGAGGAGACAGCCGGGCCGGAGAGGGAGGUGAGUGGUCCCUUGUCCUGUCGGGUCCCACCAGCCCUCGGGUCGGGUGCAGGCCGCCAGGACCUCACGGCCACUGUCCCCGCAGCCCGUCCUGCCCGAUGUCCGUCUGGGCUGCCCUGUUCCUGCUCUGGGCGGCCGCCGAGGCCUCCGAGGACUGUCCCGCCGCGUGCGCCUGCCGCGCCCUGGACACCAUGGGGCUGUUGGUGGACUGCGGGGGCCGGGGACUCGCGGCGCUGCCCGCCCUCCCGGCCCACACGCGCCACCUCCUGCUGGCCAACAACAGCCUGCGCUCAGUGCCCCCGGGCGCCUUCGACCACCUGCCGCAGCUGCAGAGCCUCGACGUGGCGCACAACCCCUGGCGCUGCGACUGCGGCGUCACGUACCUGCGCCUCUGGCUGGAGGACCGCGCGCCCGCGGAGCUGCUGCGCGUGCGCUGUGCCGGCCCCGGCCCCGCCUCCGGCCGCGCGCUCGGCCAGCUCAGCGGCUCCGAGCUGGGCAGCUGCGGCUGGAGCCUGCGGGCGUCCUGGGCCGACUCGGGGCCCUGGUGGGACGCGGCGCUGGCCGUCGUGGCCGCGCUGGGCCUGGCUCUCCUGGCGGGCCUGCUGUGCACCGUCUCCGUGCCCCGGGACUGAGCCGGUGCCCCCCGGGUCACCCCGGCCCCGGCCCUG